UUAGACGGGGGUCCCCGCCUCUCGCCGCGCUCUGGAAUGCGGGCGGUGGGAGAGCUCCGGGCCAGGCGCAACCAUCUGCUGACAGGGGGGAGGGCGCAGAAUCACAAUUCAAAAAGAGACGGGAGAAAGAGGAAGAGCCGGUGAUUAGACCGAGAGACCCGCCACAGGAUUCUUUAAGCUCUACUCCGCGUCCCGGACUCCCCGUCGGCGCCCCACGCCUGCCAUCUGCUCUGUCACCUUCCCCGAGGCGCCCCCUCCCGUCCGGGCUGGCGCACCGAGGCGGAGGAGCAUGGCCGCCAGGCUUCCUUCCGGUUCGCGAGCGGAGGCCGGAAGUGGCCGUACUCCGGGGGCUGGAAAGUUAGAAAGUCUGGGAGGGCGGCGGCGGCGGCGGAGCUUCGCGGAGACGCUCACUUUAGGUUCUCGCGGCUGAGCAGGGAUUUAACCGCCACCAUGUCUAGCAAAAGGGCAAAGACCAAGACCACCAAGAAGCGCCCUCAGCGCGCAACAUCCAAUGUGUUCGCCAUGUUUGACCAGUCCCAGAUCCAGGAGUUCAAAGAGGCCUUUAACAUGAUUGACCAGAACCGGGAUGGCUUCAUUGACAAGGAGGACCUGCACGACAUGCUGGCAUCAAUGGGAAAAAACCCAACUGACGAAUACCUGGACGCCAUGAUGAACGAGGCCCCGGGCCCCAUCAAUUUCACCAUGUUCCUCACCAUGUUUGGGGAGAAGCUGAACGGCACUGACCCCGAGGAUGUCAUCAGAAACGCCUUCGCUUGCUUUGAUGAGGAAGCCAUUGGCACCAUCCAGGAGGAUUACCUGAGGGAGCUGCUGACCACCAUGGGCGACCGCUUCACAGACGAGGAGGUGGAUGAGCUGUACAGAGAGGCCCCCAUUGACAAAAAGGGGAACUUCAACUACAUUGAGUUCACCCGCAUCCUGAAGCACGGCGCGAAAGACAAAGAUGACUGAAGAGCUGCGAUGACUGAAGAGCUGCUGCGGCUUCCAGCCCAUUGCUCCCUGUUGCCAUUGGGGUAUUUCUGAGAUUUUUCUCCUGGAGCCCAAUGCAUGCCCUAGCUUUACUGCUUUUUGCCUUUCUUGUUUUAUAUUUAUUCUCAGCCAUUUUGGGCCACAUGUACCUUAUAAUACUGGAAAUGGGACUUUCUGUCAUUGUGAUGAGAAAGUAAGUUCAUUUAACUUACAGGCAGUCUUGUCCCUUGUAAUAACUGCAGCCCAGAAUCAAUAUAUUUUUUCAGAGAAAGUUAUCCACUCAAUUUUUUCUGAUUUAUAAUUAAACUUUCUGAUAAAAUGCUUA